AUGUUCACUGGAACCGUGAGAGUGAAAAUAUGCGAGGCUUGCGGGUUGAGACCUACGGAUUUUCAAAAGCGGCAUAACAUGGCGUUUGGGAAACCAGAUGAUCAGCCUAUAGAUCCUUACGUUUCUAUAGACGUGGACGAAAAUCAUUUCGAUCGGUCGUCGACGAAACCAAAAACUUUCGAUCCGGUAUGGAACGAGUACUUCGUCCACGAUGUUCAAGGAGCGGUCAACCUGUGGUUCACCGUUUUUCACGAUGCUGCCAUCCCCCCGGACGAUUUUGUGGCCAACUGCAGUAUUCCGUUCGAAGAUUUAGUUCAAAGAGAUCGAGAGGCAACAGAUUUCUGGGUGGAUCUGGAACCACAAGGAAAGCUGCACAUAAGGGUUGAUUUAAAAUGGAAAUCGCAAGAGCAACAGGUGGCGAAGCCGCGCGAGUUCAUGGAGCGGCAGGGCUUCAACAGGCGUCGCGGCGCCAUGAGGCGACGCGUGCACCAAGUGAACGGACACAAGUUCAUGGCCACGUUUCUUAGGCAACCCACCUUCUGCUCUCACUGCAGGGAAUUUAUUUGGGGUCUUGGAAAGCAAGGAUAUCAAUGUCAAGUUUGCACGUGCGUGGUCCACAAGCGCUGUCACCAGUCAGUGGUCACCAAGUGUCCAGGGAUGAAGGAAGUCAGUCAAGAUGAGUCGAGCAAGGGCCAGCGGUUCAAUGUGGACAUGCCACACCGGUUCGUGGUGCACAACUACAAGAGGUUCACUUUCUGCGACCACUGCGGCUCACUGCUGUACGGCCUCAUACGCCAGGGCCUGCAGUGUGAAGUGUGCAGCAUGAACGUCCACAAGCGCUGUCAGAAGAAUGUCGCCAACAACUGUGGCAUCAACACCAAGCAGAUGGCAGCCAUCUUGAAGGAGAUGGGAAUCUCAACAACCAAACUCACGCCACACUCAAAGGCAAAAACGGGUGGCAGCAUGAGUUCAACCCAGAGUGGUAACGAGCGUGGAGGCAGCUGUUCGGAACAGCAGGUGUUGGAAGACGAUGGCACACCGGAGGGGCAGGGCGAGGCACAGCCUGAAGAGGUGGACGAUGAGGCCCGUAUGCGUUUCAUCGCCCAGAAAGUCAUGGAAGAGAAGAUUCGGGAGAAACUAAGGUCGGAGGAUGCUCCCGCAGAGGCGAACAGAGAGCAAGCGUCGGAGGGGGAGCAGAUCUCGGGCUCCCCGGAGCGGCGGGAGCGCAGGAUCGGCCUGGAUGACUUCCACUUCAUCAAGGUGCUGGGCAAGGGCAGCUUCGGCAAGGUGAUGCUGGGCGAGAAGAAGGGCACGGACGAGGUGUACGCCGUGAAGGUGCUCAAGAAGGACGUCAUCAUCCAGGACGACGACGUGGACUGCACCAUGACGGAGAAGAGGAUCCUGGCGCUGGCGGCCAAGCACCCGUUCCUCACGGCGCUGCACUCGUGCUUCCAGACCAAGGAUCGCCUGUUCUUCGUGAUGGAGUACGUGAACGGAGGAGACCUCAUGUUCCAAAUACAGCGCGCCCGCAAGUUUGACGAGCCGCGAGCGCGGUUCUACGCGGCUGAGGUGACCCUCGCCUUGCAGUUCCUGCACCGGCACGGCGUGAUCUACAGGGACCUGAAGCUGGACAACAUCCUGCUGGACAACGAAGGCCACUGCAAGCUCGCGGACUUCGGCAUGUGCAAGGAGGGGAUCGUGGACGGAGUGACCACCACCACGUUCUGCGGCACGCCCGACUACAUCGCUCCAGAGAUCCUGCAGGAGAUGGAGUACGGCCCAAGCGUUGACUGGUGGGCGCUGGGUGUGCUCAUGUACGAGAUGAUGGCGGGUCAGCCGCCUUUCGAAGCUGAUAAUGAAGACGACCUAUUCGAGUCGAUACUGCAUGACGACGUGCUGUAUCCCGUAUGGCUCAGCAAAGAAGCCGUGUCUAUCCUUAAAGGGUUUAUGACGAAGAACUCCUUGAAGAGGCUCGGUUGUGUAGCUGCCCAGGGGACGGAGGCAGCCAUAAGGGUACACCCAUUUUUUCGUGAGAUUGACUGGGAUGCGCUCGAGAACCGUCGAGUGAAACCACCAUUCAAACCAAAGAUUAAAAGCAAGAAGGAUGCCUUGAACUUUGACGCGGAGUUCACGAAAGAGGAGCCGGUGUUGACGCCCAUCAACGCAGACGUGGUGCGUUCCAUCAACCAGGAAGAGUUCAAAGGCUUCUCCUUCGUGAACCCAGACUACAAUCCGGGCCGCUUCCAGGCCGACAAAACAGCCUAAACUACCGUCGUCACCUCUGUUUGCUUUCUUUUCUGGAUGUCUCCGGUCUGUCUCCAUCUCCUCAUUUCAUUGCCUUCCUGUUUCCCGAUGACCAGGUGCAUUCCGUGUCCUGCAGAGACGUUGGUUUGAUUCUGUGUCGAAGCAGACAGAUGAUUGCCUUAUCUCUGUCCAGAGGGCACGAGUCAUUGUUGUAGCGGCUGUUGUUUUGUGAAUGCUGAAAUUAUAUUUUUAGAACAGAAAGCCAGAAUGCAAUGAAGAAAGUAAGCGUAUUGUUUCUGUAGGAAAUAAAAUGUCUUCAUUUUAUUGUAGGGAUAGUGCUGCAAUGACUCUGUAAUUUUAAAUGGUUGCCUAAAGUGUAAUUUUUUUCACCCUUACAUAGCUGCCUAAAAAUAUAUGUUUGUAACUGUCCACAACAAGCUGUAAGUUGUUAACAAGUUUCAGUCUUGCAUGUCCCAUUUUUUGUUCAACAUUUUCUUAGCGUAGUAACGAUCUCUGUGUGUCAUCUUAAAGCAUCCGUUGUUGUUGUUGCUGUUGUUGUUGUUGGUUGUUGUUAGCGAAAAAGGUUUUUAUAUCCACGUGUAAUACAUAAGAGUUGAAAUGCUGACACACGUUGAAGCUAAGCCACAUUAUUUAAAUCAUUACUGUUUCAUGAUGACUAAUGAUGGCAUUCUGUUGAUGCACCUCCAAGGCUACUUAAAUUGUAUGUAUCAGUGUGUUGUACUUAAAAAUUCAAAGGGAAAGAACUGUUGAUACAAUUAGCUAGGUUAAUUAUAGUGAACAUCACUAUUCCUUGUAAUGUUGAUUAAUAUUGCUCUUUAACUCUUACAUGCAGAUAUUUAUAAGUUGUGUGCUCAGAAAUAGUGAAAAAUUCAUCUCGUAUAAAAACAUUUUUAAUAAAUAUAUAUAUAUAUAUAUAUAUAUAUACACACAUAUACAUAUGCACCCAAAAGAGAGAAAUAUAUAUAUAUAUAUAUGAUGAGUUUGGCAUUGUGACCGAUUUGUGUACAUUGUAAUAUAUUUAUUAUAAGUAAGCCUACUUGGUGCUUUGUCGGGGUGAAUGGGUGUGAUGCCCGAGGCCUAGUCUCACGCUGGUCGGGUGGUCGAUCUUGUUACAUUUGUCCAGUACUAUGUAAUUAGUCAAGAAAAGAUUUUACGGGUGUUGUUUGUUGUCUCAUGUUGUUGCUGCCAUUAUUAUAUCAUCAUCAUCAUCAUGGUGAGGAAAUCAAAACCCACUUGUAGUUCUCAGCCUUCUUUUCGACAAAUAUGCACACACGUAGUAAUAUAGGGUUUUAUUUCUAAAUGUGAACUCUUCUUUGUCUGUAUUCAGAUGAGAAAGAGACAAAAACUAAGAAAAUUUAAAUCAUCUAUGAUGUAUGUUAAUAUUAUGUACAAAAGAUACCAGUUUUUAAUGUUUGUAUUAAUGUAUGUUAAUGUAUGUUAAUGAUGUAUGUCUUUUUUUUUUCAAAAGCAAAUGUGCAGAAAGUGCAAAUUGUAGUUGUAGUAAAUUAGUAUAUAAGAAUUGAUAUGUUGUUAAUAUGAUUCCUGACAUUAUUGAUGCGCAUUAUGUUUGUUCAUCGCUCAUCAAAGAUGUGGUGAAGCUGAAUAUAUCCAUCAGUGUACAUUCAGGAGCCAUUCGUUCAAACUCUGACCAUUGUGACUAGUCACUAGGAGAUGUUUAUGCACAGACUUUUUUGAGAGAAAGAAUUUUGUCCUACGACAUUUACGUCCACUGCUGUAAAGGUGGAAGCGAAAAUCCACAUGCACACACACACGCACUCAACAAAAUGAGUAAGAUACCAUUGUGACCCCACGCUACGACGAGGAGCGGUCCUGAUCACUGUGGUCCGGUCUCGGCCUACUUUUCACCGACUAUGCACUUCGUACUCCGAGCUGAGUACAGCGCGUCCAUCACGGAGCGUUGAUAAACGGACCCAGCAUGCAUUUGACAGCCUGGAUCGACAUGUAAAGGCGACGGCACUCUACCCAUUGAAUCUCAAUACUAAGUGAAUCGUGACCAGGAAAACGUACUAUGAGGCAACAUAAGUUAGUCACUAGCUUUAAGAACACAUAAUGUGUGUUGUGUAUAUUGUAAUACUACGUAACAACUGGAUGUUUUGUCUUUCACAAAAUUUAUAGUUUAAAAAUAUUUUUGAGCAAAUUCUUGCUGUUUCAAAUGAUGUAAUGAGCCAUUGCUGAAAAUGAACUAGAAGUACAGAGAGGUAACUUGUAAACUUUUUGUUUCAUAAUUUUUUUUUAAUUUACUGAAACUGCAAGAAUUUGUAUAAAAAAUACGAAAAGACGACGAAAGUUUUUGGAAAGUUUUAAUUUUGUGUAUUUUAAAAAGUGUUAAUUUUUUUACGAGAGAAAAUAUAAACUAAGGAUUUUAAUAUUGACAAGAAUUAUUUGUAGUUAUGUGUGUUAGUUCUAAUACAAAUUAAUGUUUUGUUCAUUUCAAGAUUGCGAGUACCAUAGUAUUAAUUAAUGCACAAGAAAAUACUAACAAAAAUAUAUCAACUGUCUGUAUCUACAUGUGAAAUUUAUGUUUACUAAUAUCUGUAACUUUAUGUGGAAAGGAAAUCUCAGAAUCUCCAUUUAGUUUGUUUCAAGUAUUAUGAGUGAGAAGAUUUCCUACCAACCCAAGUUUUCACACCAUAUAAUUAUAGCGUGCUAUCUUAGCCGAGUGGCAUGAAUGCUCGUAUGCUUUGCAUCCAAACUACCUACUUCUCUCUCUUUCUCUCUCUAUCUCUCUCUCCCUUUUUGUCUCUGUGCUCUAGUUAAUACACAUUCUUGUAGUCUGUCUCACUCGUUCAGCCAUUAUGCCUCUAGAGUUUACGUUGUGGAACUGAUCACUGCAUUUCUCUUGAUGGCAAUAAAUGCUAGCAAGAAGCACAAACCUUUUGUUCACCAAUAAAUUUUUGUAAAGUUUUGUGUACAGAGUUAGUCUUUUAAUAGCUGUGUCCUUAAACUUGAACUCUCAUUUUGUGGUAGCAUCUAGUUUAGUUAUAACAAAUGUCAUGUUGCCUUUGCGUCCAUUCUUGUCCUGGCUUAGCUACUAGGUUGCUUUACGUCCUAUCAGUAGCUAGCGGGCAUUUUUUCAUGCUUAAAAGUUAAGAGUUACCGUAGUGUGCAACUUCAAAAGCAUUUUUUUCGAACUGGAAUUGUGAAUUGUUUGCAAUACAAGAAAUUUGUAUUGUUUUUUUUAUCUGCUUUUAGUCAACAUAAUUGUUAGAGCUUGCAGCGUAAAUAGUCAAGCAAAAUAUAUUUUCACUGAAAUGCAUUUAAUGUGUGUGAUUUGUACCUCAUUUUAUUUUAAUGUGCACAUCACGACACUCAUUUUAUAUUUUCAUGCUUCUGUUUUCUCAGUAGUUUGUUGGCCAGGCCAAGUUGAGGAAUGAAUUUCGCACAAAUUCAUAUAUUUUAUUUACUGUUAUGAGAUGGGUGAUUUGUCAAUUCCCACGUGAAAAAAAAAUUGGAGUGUAGUUAUAAUUGUAACAGCAUGUGUACAACGUAUUGACACUGCUAUUUUGCAGUCACACAUGAUGUUAAGAACAUUGUUGUACAGAAAAAGUGCAAUAUUAUUAUAUGACUAGUCAUAUUUCAUCAGUAUGUUAUGUUACAUUACUGUAGUUUAUAAUGUUUUGAGGGUGUAUACAGUUUGUUAACCAAAGAUGGCAAAACACAAGCAAGUCAGCUGCUGUGCUUUCUAGUUUUUAUUGUUUUGUGCACAAUAGUUGCUAAGUUCGUAACAGCAGGUGUGAAAAUACUAGUCUUGCUGAUGCAAGUCAGGUGUCGUAUACCUCCAAAAAUUACUUAAGUUGUGUUCGGAAAAUUCGAUAAAAUUUAGUACAAGUUGUGUGUCUACUUUAUUUAUUUUUACAGUAUUCUUUUAAUUUGAGUUUUGCAAAUGAAUAUGCAAUGCAGUUUGAAUUGUUUUUGCAUAUUUACUGCUUGCUUAGAAACUGCUUUUGUUGUCUGUGAGAUUAUUGAUGAGUUUUUAAGUGAAACUAUUAUAGCAUAACUUUUAGAAAUACUUUUUUAAUAUAAUUUUUAUUUAAUUUAAAAAAUGUUGUACGGACACAUUAAAUAGGACAUCGCUGUGUUGUUUCAGUUUUUGUUUGUGAUUGCAUAUUGUGUUCUUUAUACAAGUAUUACGUGUGAAUGCUGGAGUUAGCAUUAUAUUUUGACGCUUUGAUUUUGCUCUAAAAACAAAUGAAUAAUGCUGUACAAACUGUGCCAAAAUAGAUGAUCUGCACUGAAGCAUCACAACAAUUAUUUGCGAAUGUUGCAGUGUUCUAGUAGUAUUAAAUACUGAUAUUUUAACCUUCCCACCCUUAAAAUUGUCUUUCUGUUGAUUUUAUUAUUACUUUGACUGUGUAAUAAAUUAUAUUAUAAA